UAAAUGCAUACGAAUUUCACAUUACCAGUAUAGAAAGGAGGGUUCGAAAGAGAAAACAGUCAUAUACAUACUUCAUUAUGGAUACAGAAAAGGUUGGGAAUGGCAUGAGAGUGUUGAUGUUCCCAUGGUUGGCUGUGGGACACAUCACACCAUUCUUUGAGUUAUCCAAGAAACUGUCCGAUAGAGGCUUCCGCAUGAUCCACUUAUGUUCCACUCCCAUCAACCUUAGUUUCAUAAAAAACAAAAUCCCCCAGAAAUAUUCUUCUUCAAUCCGGUUAGUGGAGCUUCACUUACCAGAAUUACCAGAACUCCCUCCUCACUACCACACCACCAAUGGCCUCCCACACCAUCUCAACUCCACCCUCCAUAAAGCCCUCAAAAUGGCCAAACCCACUUUCUCUGACAUCAUGGGAACCAUGAAACCACACUUGCUGAUCUAUGAUGUUCAGCAGCCCUGGGCAGCAGCAGUAGCCAAGUCACACAAUGUCUCGGCCGUCCAAUUCAUCACUUCAGGUUCUGCCAUGUGCUCCUAUGCCUUCCACUUGUACUUCCGGGAGAAUGCUGAGUUCCCUUUUCCAGAACUCUCUCUAUGCAAAUACGACAAAGAGAGAUUCCAGAAGAUGGUAGAAAAAAGUAGUAGCGGUAGCAUUAACAGUAGCGAUAGAGAAGAUAAAAUCAAGAUUCUAAUGAGUACCUCAAGACAAAUAGAGGGGAAUAAGUAUUUGGAUUACAUGAGUGAAUUAGCAGGUUGCGAGAUUUUAACACUUGGCACGCUAGUUCAGGAGCAUCAUCAAGAUGAAGGGCGUUCCGAGCCGUUGAUGGAAUGGUUAGGAACGAAAGAGGAGAAGUCGACAGUGUUUGUUUCCUUUGGCAGUGAGUGUAUUCUGUCGGAUCGCGACAUGCACGAGCUAGCCACGGGAUUAGAGAAAAGUAAAGUUAACUUCAUAUGGGUCGUUAAGUUUCCGAAAAGCGUUAACGAAACAACGACAACGACAACAACACCAGAGAAUCUUCUUCACAAGGCACUGCCAAACGGUUUUCUUGAGAGGGUUGGAGAUAGAGGGAGAGUGGUGGAAGGAUGGGCUCCACAGCAGAGAAUUUUAUUGCACCCUAGCAUUGGAGCAUUCAUGAGCCAUUGUGGGUGGAACUCUACCGUGGAGAGCAUUGAAUGUGGCGUCCCAAUUAUAGCGAUGCCCAUGCAGUUCGAUCAGCCUCUAAAUGCCAAGCUGAUUGUGAGUCUUGGUGUGGGCAUUGAGGUUUUGAGGGAUGACGCUGGAAAGUUUCGCAGCCAAGAUGUGGCUCGAGUUUGUGAUGAAAUCGUUAACAGAAAAUUGGGAGAAAGUAUACAUAAAAAUGUGAAAGUAAUGGGUGAGAAUGUGAGGCUCAACAGUAUGAAAGAGAUGGACCAAGCUGCUAAAUCCCUAGAACGUAUAUGCCAUCCGUAGCUAGUCCCUUGGUUAAUUAUACUCCAAUUUAAAGUUACUGGUAUUUCCUUUGAUUCCUCAA